AUGGGAAGAAAAGCCAAAUCCGCGGCUGCAGAACCAAAUAAAAAAGAGGAGACCGAAAAUGGAGCUACACCAAAAAAUGCAAAGGAAGCCACAUCAAACGAUAAAAAACAAGGAGGAGCCAAACCAAAUGAACCUAAAAAUAAAAAGGAGAAUACAAAAGCAGCUGAAACAACAAUGAAUGGACAACUUAAUGGAAACUUGCAAAAAAAGAAAAAUAACACUCCUGAUUCAAAAAAAGGAAAUAACGACGCUGAAAAGGAAGGUGCCGCUAAGGCAAAAGACAAUGCCAAUAAGGGUCAGAAGAAUAAUGAAGAUCAAAAAAAAACCCAAAAACCCAAAAAUGCAAAGAAUGAAGGUGGUGAAAAUAAUAAGCAAAAAGGAACUGCUGCGGACGAGAAAAAUAAUAACAAAAAAGUUGACCCCAAUGCAAAGAAUGCUAAUAAGAAUCAAGAUAAUAAAAAAAAAGGAAAAAAUGAAAAUUCUGCAUCUCCACAAAAUGCUAAUAAAAAUAACAAAGAAAAAAAUGCAGAUGAAGCAAAGAAAGAAGAAGCUAAAAAAGAUCCUAAAAAGGACUUAAAAUUAAAGGAAGAAGAAAGAAAAAAAAUUGAAAAUGAAUUAAAUAAAAAGUUUUUAAAAUUGUCCAAACAAGAUAACUAUAAAAAUAUUAGUGAUAAAAUAGAAGCAGAAGUUAAAAGAAAAGCAGAAUUUGAAGCAUUUAUUGGUACCAUAAAUUCUUCGAUAUCUAAAAUUAAUGCACAAACACCUAGACCAGUUAAUAUGAAAUUAACAUCAGCAGAGGUCGAAAGUAAAUGUAAAGAAGCAAAAUUAAAGAAAAAGAAAUUAAAUCCAAAGAGUGAAGAAGAAAUAGAAGAAGUUGAUACUUAUAUAAACUAUUUAGAAGAACAAUUAAUUAUUACAAAAAAUUAUGAAAGCUUUAAAAGUUUCCAAAAUCGCUUAUUUACUUUAAAAAAAACAUGCGAAGAAAAAUUAAAGGAAAAUCAAAAAAGCUUAAAUGAAAUAAAAGUACAUGAAAAAAAAUUAAAAUUUGUAGAAAAAAUAAUUAAAAUGAAAAAAGAAAAACAAAAUAUUCAAAUAAAAGAAAGUGAUAUAAUAAACAAAGAAUCUUCAUUACCAAAUGAUAAAUAUAAUACAUUAAUUAAACCAUAUAAUUUCCUUAAUAGAAUACAAGCAAAAUAUUUUGUAUAUGUAGAUAAAAUAAAUAGUAAUAAUUUUGAAAACAAAACAACCUUUAAUAUAUCUGGAUGUAAUGAUGAUAUCGAAAAUUUUAUUUCAUAUUUAAAAAAUAUCGAUUUUACUGAAAAGAAUUAUGUAAAUUUAAGUAAUAAAAUAUUUAAAAUUAUGCUUAAUAUAUGUGAUGGAAGUUUUAAAAAAAUGGAAGAAGAUACAAAUGUAUUUGUACAUGUAGAUAAUGAUACAUUAUAUUAUUGUGGUAUGAAAGAUGAUAUUCCAAAAUUAAAAGAAUUAAUUGAAAAAGCUAAUAAUGAAAAAAUUACAAAUGCUAAAAAUAUAUCAAAAACAAUUAAAUUAGAUUCCGUAUUAGGUCGUGGUUUUAAUAAAGGUUUAUUAAAAGAAAUCGAAACAAAAACAAACACAUUAAUAAGAAUGAAUUAUGACGCUAAAACAUUUGAUGCUUCAGCUACUAUAAAAGGAAGUAAAGAUGCAGAUAUACAAGAAGCCGAAAAGAAAUUAAAUGAAAUUCUUAAAGGUUUAGAUUCUGAAUUUAUAAAAUUUGAAGAAAGAGAACUUUUUGCAUUAUAUAAAAAAUGUGCAUAUGAAUUAAAUGAUAUCAGAAAAAAUUUAAAUUUAUUUGUUAUACGACAUGAUAAUGGUAUUAGUUUAGUAGGAAACAAAGAUAACAUUAAAAAAGCUCUUGAAAUUUUAGAUCAUGCUAAAAAUAUAAUAUCUAGCAAAUCAGUUAAAAAAAAACUAACUGAAGAAGAAGCAUUUCUAUUUAAUGCAAAUUACAGAAAUCAAAUUAAAGCACAAACAGGAGCUGAAGUUAAAAUAUUCAAUAAAACAAACUAUAAAGAAUUAAAUAUAAGUGGAAAUAAAACCAAUAUUGAUGAUGCUAUUCAAAUGAUUGAUGAUUUAUUAAAAAAAAGAAAAUGUGUUGAAGUAGCUAUUAAUGAACGAGUUAUUGCAUUAUUAUUAUCAGCAAAGGCACAAAAAAUUAAAGACAUCGAAAAAGAUACAUAUACUAGUAUUCAAAUUAAUAAAAUUAGUUAUAUUGCUCAAAUAUAUGGACAUGAAGAUAAUAUAUACUUAGCUAAAGAUGUUUUAGAAAAUCUUGUAAAAACUGAAGGUAAAGAUGAUAAGGAUGGAAAAGAAGGACAAGAUGGAAAAUCAUCAUCUAAUAAUUCAUAUAUCACUGUUGAAAUGAACAUAGAUACUGAACAUAUAGGAAGUAUAAUUGGUAAAAAAGGAAGAACUAUUAAUAGAAUACAAGAAGAUACAUAUGUUAAAAAAAUACAUAUAGAUAAAGAAAAUAAAAAAGUUUUCAUUCAAGGUACACCAAAAACAGUAGAAGUUGCUCAAAAAGAAAUACAAAGAAUAUUAAGUCGAAGCAAAGAAGAAAAUUCAUAUUAUGACAGAUAUAAUAAUAGCAGUAAUAGUAGGCACAUGGCAUCAAACAGUAACUACAAUAGCAACACAUUUUCUCCAUCUAACAGAAGACAACACAAAAGUUCAAGAACUGGAAAAUCAAAUUAUAGAUCUGAUUCUUCCAAAAAUGAAGUUUAUAUUAACACAAAUGAUGAAAAAGCCUUCCCCAGUUUACACGAUGUAACUAAUAUUCAAUCCAGAAAAGCAAAAAAGGCAAUAAAUUUAGCUAAUACUAAAAAACAUGAUGCAGUACAAAAAGAGAUUGUUGCAAAUUAA